UGCUUAUUUAUAUGACAUUUUAACUUAUUUUUUUAGAUCAUGAAGCCACAAAUGAAAGAACGAUAUCGAAAACAAAAGUUUUUGAAAAAUUUAGGUCUACAACCUAAUAAGAAUACAAAGCCUGCAGAUGAUGAAAACGAUUUCAAUAUAUGCGAAAGAGUAUGUUUUUAUUACUUUGAUGAUGAUGCACAAGUGGUAUGUCGAGGUUGUUAUAAAAGUUUUAAAACAUGGUUAAACUAUCGAAUGCAUUUUAAUACAUUAUUAUGUCAUACAACUGAAACAAAUUAUAAGCUAAACACUUAUAAUGAUGUUUAUAAAAAAUACAAAUUAAAGAAAGCUAAGACAAAGAAAAAAAUUAAUGAACGUUUAAGUGCUGCACAACUUAUGGAUUUGGAAACUUUGAACACUCGUAAAACAAGAAAAAGAUGUUACAAAAACACUAGGGUAGUUGUUACUGUUUCAAAAUCUUCAUCAGACUCUGGUUCAUUAAGUUCAGAAAAAACAAAUGUAAAGACAAUAAAGAAAGAAGCUGCUGAAAAUCUUAUUAGUAGUGAUGAAAGUGUAGAGGAGUCAAAAACAAAAUCUAAACCAAAACCAAUUGGUUGCAAUACUGUGCAAGUUCAAGACAUUCCAAGUAGUACAAAAACUGUUAUUCCUAAUUCACCUCAUGACAAUCAGGCGACAUUAACCAUAAAAACUGAAUGGAAAACUAAUGACUUAUCUCAGAUUUCUUCAGACGAUCAUUCAUCAAGCUCUACUCAUAGUUUACCAAAAUAUACUCCCAAAAACAACGAGCCAUUAAAAUAUCAGUAUGUUUGUGUUAUUUGUGAUGCACAAUUUUUGAGUAAAUGUUCACUUACUAUGCACCAAGUACAGCAUAUCAAAUCUGACCGCAGUAGUUACAACGUUUUUAUGGCUGCAUUAACUCAAUCUGCUAAAGUUUAGCCCAUCAAAUGUCAUUUGAGUUAUGACAUAAAGGUAACUCUAAUCCCUAUAAUGAAGUAUCAAGUCCUAUUUAUUUAUUUAUUUAUAUAACAAUGGUUUAACAUAAACUGUUUGAUACUUAUGGUUGUACAUUUUUAAGAAAAUAACAGUUUUUUGUUUGUAUCAUUUAAGUUUUUAUCAUACGUGCAUUACCAUUAAAUAUCACAACAUGUGACCAUUGCCGUCUUUCAAACGUAUAUAUUUACUUUUA